GGCCCUUUCAGAGCAAGGACCUACGUCGGUACAGGACUGGCCUAUUUUUAUUGGCCCUUUAUACAUAUCACGCACCCAGUCUUUGAUGCAUCGUCCAACCAUUCCCUCUGGUUCUUCUUUUUCAUCUCUUACCUACCGACAUUUGCCUUGCUCUUGUUUUUUCCUUUACACACUUCAACUGCCAACCAAUUCCAAGGGUUCAGACAUAAAUCCCCAGGUUGCCCUUGACUCUGCGAUAUCAUCAAGCAGCCUCACACUUGUUGGAUAUCCACACAACAUCAGAUUCAAUUGACCAGACGACUAUACUAGUAGACAUCAUCAAAGUGUCUUGUUACAAUGGUUAAGGAAACCAAGCUGUACGACCAGCUGGGCGUCAGCCCCUCGGCAACCCAAGAUGAAAUCAAGAAAGGCUACCGAAAAGCCGCACUAAAGUACCACCCCGAUAAGAACAAGGACAACCCACAGGCCGCCGAGAAGUUCAAGGAAUGUUCUCAAGCCUACGAAAUCCUCUCCGACCCCGAAAAGCGCAAAACCUACGAUGACUAUGGUCUCGAGUUCCUGCUGCGCGGAGGCGCCGCCCCACCCCCAGAAGCCGGCGGCAACCCUUUCGCCGGGGGUGGAAUGCCUGGAGGCUUCGAUUUCGGCAGCGGCGGCAUGCCCGGCGGCGGUGGUGCCCGCACUUUCCGCUUCAGUACUGGUGGAGGAAAUGGAGGUGGCUUUAACUUCAGCUCCGCGGACGACAUCUUUGCUGAAUUUAUGCGCUCAGGUGCUGGUGGAAUGGGCGGAGGCGGCAGCGGUGGCAUGGACGACUUUGAGAACAUCUUCCCAGGCUUUGGCGCCGGUGGCCAACGGGGCAGUGGCCGCUCGCAGCGCAUGCGCAACAGCGGCUUCGGAGACUCGCCGCGGCCCAGGGAGUCGACGCCCGAGGUCACGACGGUGGAGCGGCCCCUCCCGCUCACGCUCGAGGAGCUGUUCCGUGGCGUGACCAAGAAGAUGAAGAUCAAGCGCAAGACGUUCGACGACACGGGCAAGAGGACGACGACCGACACGGUCCUCGAGGUGCCCAUCAAGCCGGGCCUGAAGAAGGGCAGCAAGAUCAAGUUCAAGGGUGUCGGUGACCAAGAAGAGGGCGGCCAGCAAGACCUGCACUUCAUCCUGGAAGAGAAACCCCAUCCGCUCUUCGUGCGUGAGGACAACGACCUGGUCCACACGGUCGAACUGGACCUGAAGGAAGCUCUUACCGGCUGGAGGCGGACCGUGACCACCAUCGACGGCAAGCAGCUAAACCUCGACAAGAACGGCCCUACGCAGCCUGGCAGCUCCGACAGGUACCCUGGCCUGGGCAUGCCCAUCUCCAAGAAGCCGGGAUCGAGAGGAGAUUUCGUCAUCAAGUACAACGUGAAGUUCCCGUCGAGCCUGACAGCGGAGCAGAAGCAGAAGCUGAGGGAGAUUUUGUAAAAGAAGUUCUGAUGCGGAAGACGAAGAUGGUCCAUGCGAGAUAUGGGUGAUUUUUCUUAUAUGUAGAAAUGAUGCCGGCACGACGAGAGAGGAUGGGGCGCGGGCGUUCGACCGCGACGAGAAAGACGUAUGAGGUUUGGGGCCGGGUGCUCAUCAUGAACAGGAGUUUUGGGGGCGUCGUCAUGGGACUUGAUGUUUACAGGCUAAUAGGCAUGGUCUCUUUAUUUUAUUAUUUCUUCUUUUUCUUCAUAUUAUACGUACACCAGCAUUGAGGCUGUUGUGAGUUGACAAUGUGGAUUCGGAUCACCGGCGGAUCGCACUGCCGGCAGACAAUUAGUCAGGUAAUUCGAGACAUAACAGGCUGCU